UUGCCUUAAAGAAACACCAAAUAUUGUCAGCUAUUUAUUAUAUGUUGCCUCUUAUUUUUCAUGUGCUCUUGCUUUCUAUAUGCUUCUUCUUGGGCUCCUUAGCAUAUCUCUAGACUUUGUUCUCCAACAUUUAAUAUCAUUCUCCAGUUAUGCAUCUUCUGUUCAUGUUUCUGAUUAUUCGUUCAAGCUCAAGAGAUAAUCCAAUCUCUCCCUUUCAACUUCACUUUUCCAUAUUCAAACCAAACAUUUACUAACAAUUUGUUAUUCCCCUUUGCUCUCGAGAUAAUUUCAUAGUCAAUUCCCAAUUCAUCUAUUAUUCCUCACUUCUCCCAACGAACAGUUAUCUUUAUGUUCAUUCAAGAAAAAGACAUCUAACCCACAUUGAAUCUUAGCCCUCUUUUUCAGUUCCCAAUCAUGAAUCAUGAUCUGGGCCAAGUGAAGGAAGAGUAUGCGGGAGCUAGUUCAUCUUACUCAGGCAUGGCAUCUACAGCUAUUCCUCAACCAAUGGAGGGACUUCAUGACGCUGGUCCUCCCCCUUUUCUCACAAAAACCUACGACAUCGUGGAGGACACUGCCACAAACCAUAUAGUUUCUUGGAGUCGUGGCAACAAUAGCUUCGUUGUUUGGGAUCCACAGACCUUUUCCAUGAGUCUUUUGCCCAGAUACUUCAAGCACAAUAAUUUCUCGAGCUUUGUUAGGCAGCUUAACACAUAUGGGUUUAGAAAGGUUGAUCCAGACAGAUGGGAGUUUGCUAAUGGAGGGUUUCUCAGAGGGCAAAAACAUCUUCUCAAGGAUAUAAGAAGGCGAAAAGCUCCCCAGCCUCAGUCUUGCCAGCAAUGUCUAGACCCUUGUGUUGAAGUUGAAAGGUUUGGAGUAGAUGGAGAAGUUGAUCGGUUAAGGCGAGACAAACAAGUGUUAAUGAUGGAGUUGCUGAAGCUUAGGCAGCAACAACAGAAUACUAAAGCUUGUCUUCAACUAAUGGAACACAAACUCAAAAGGACAGAGACAAAACAGCAACAGUUGAUGGGUUUCUUACCUAGAGCAAUUCAGAAUCCCAACUUUGUUCAGAAACUAAUCCAACAAAAGGACAGAAGGAAGGAACUGGAAGAAGCAUUUAAUAAAAAGAGAAGGGGACCUAUUGACCAAGGGCAUAAUAAUGUUAAAUUCAGGGACUUUGACCAUAUUGGUGGGGAUGUGGACACUUGUAUUAAGAUUGAACUUCAGGAAUUUGAUGACCUUCCUGACUUUGAAGCUUCAGAGCUGGGCGCACUGGCUAUGACCUUGCAAGAUGUGAGUGGAAGCCAACAAAACUUGGAGGAAGAAUGUAAAGAGAGAGGAGAGGAACAUAAGGAUAAAGGUAAGGACCUUGACGAGGGUUUCUGGGAUGAGUUAUUGAAUCAGGAUAUUGGGGAUGAAAUGGUUAUGUGUGGUGAAGCUGAGGACGUAGAUGUGUUGGUAGAGCAGCUGGUUUAUCUGGGUUCUAGUCCAAAAUAGAGAGAAUUAAUUAGUCAUAAGAAAAGCAAAAGAAUGCAGCUUAUUUUUCUGGGAUUAUUCACAUUGAUAUAGUGGAUCGUAGGUUCAAACAUAUAACAAGAUCACUAGAUCAACAUUAUUGUCUCUAAUAUGAUGUUAAUCUUUUGUUUUCUCAUUUGAUUCUACAUGCUACCAUUAGUUUUUUUGUUCCUAAAAUCUGAAAUCGUUCUUGUUCUUGGAAUAGCUUAUCAUUGUUUUGUAUAUUAUUCUUGUUCUUAAAAUUCAAACAUGUGAGCUCUUGAGCUGGAGUUGUUGUUGUGAUUGUUUCAUAUGCAUA